ACAUUGAAAUGGGUCUGAUGUUGUCAAACACUGUACUGUGUGUCAGAUCCAAACGGCGGGAGCACCUACAGAGCUGCAGAGCAACAGAACGCAGCUCCUAUUUAUAAUAACAGAUCUGCCACUGCAGGGUCCAAUUACUUCCUUGGAAGAACCUGUGGGCUUCUGAGUCCAUUCAUCCUCCAGAAACAUGAGACUCCCCCUACUCCUUCUCCUCUGCCUCAUUGGUCACGCCAAGGCAUUAACAUGUGAGACCAGCCAGUUCCACUGUGGGAAUGGGAAAUGCAUCACAGCCCUGUGGGUGUGUGACGGCACAGAUGACUGUGGAGACGGCACAGAUGAACUUCCUGGUACCUGUGUGGCCAAAACAUGCAGACCAACAGAGUUCAGGUGCACGGACCGCCUAACCCACUGCAUACCGAGGACCUGGCGCUGUGAUGGAGCAGCUGACUGCGUGAAUGGAAGUGAUGAAGAAAACUGCGCUCCCAAGCAAUGCACGGACUCAGAGUUUCGCUGCACAAGCGGCCAGUGCGUCUCCUCUUCCUUCGUAUGUGACAAAGACGCAGACUGCGACGACGGCAGCGACGAGGCCUCCUGCCCGCCGACCACCUGCAGCGCCAGGUCCUUCCAGUGCAACAACACCGUUUGUGUCCCCCAGCUGUGGGCCUGUGACGGCGACACAGACUGCUCGGACGGCUCGGACGAGUGGCCACAGAACUGUGCCACCAUGACCCCCAUCCACUCCGCCAUUCACCAGUGCUCCUCCCAGGAAUACCAGUGUGGCAGCGGGGAGUGUAUCCACUUCAGCUGGAAGUGUGAUGGAGAUACUGACUGCCUUGAUCGAUCAGAUGAAGCCGAUUGUGCUCAUUCCACAUGCCGUCCGGAUGAAUUUGAAUGUGGCGACGGUACGUGCAUCCAUGGCAGCCACCAGUGCAACUAUCGCUAUGACUGCAAAGACAUGAGCGACGAAGUCGGCUGUGCCAACGGUACGUGUCCCCUCGCCUACUCUGUCCUCCCAAAGACCUGCAGGAUCCUGGCGUCACCUGAUCCCUUGUCUGGUUUUCGUGCCCCAUCUCCAGUGAGCCACUGUGAUGGUCCGGACCGGUUUAAGUGUCGCAGCGGGGAGUGCAUAAGCAUGGAGAGAGUGUGUGACAACAAGCGCGACUGCAGGGACUGGUCAGACGAGCCUCUCAGGGAGUGUGGCUCCAAUGAGUGCCUCUACAACAACGGGGGCUGCUCUCAUGUUUGCAAUGACCUGAAGAUCGGCUACGAGUGCUUGUGUCCAGCUGGGUACAACCUGGUCGGUAAAAGACAGUGUGAAGACAUCGAUGAAUGUGCAAACCCAGAAACGUGCAGCCAAAUCUGCAUCAACCAAAUGGGCGGCUAUAAAUGUGAGUGCGAGGAAGGUUAUCAAAUGGACCCAGCGACGCAAGCUUGCAAAUCUAUCGGUACGAUAGCCUACCUUUUCUUCACCAAUCGUCAUGAAGUCAGAAAGAUGACCCUGGACAAAAGUGAAUACACAAGAGUGAUCCCCCGGCUAAAGAACGUGGUGGCCCUCGACAUGAACGUUGCCACCAAGGAGAUGUACUGGUCCGACCUGUCCCAGAAGAAGAUCUACAGGACUCAAAUGGAAGCAGCAGAGGACUUAUCUCAUCACCACGUAGUGAUAGGCAGUGACAUUGAUGGUCCUGAAGGUAUAGCCUUGGACUGGGUCCAUGGUAACCUUUACUGGACUGACAGCAUCCGGAAGACUGUUUCCGUGGUAACUGCGGACGGUAGCCGCCGCAAAACUCUCUUCCACCAAGACUUAUCAAAGCCCCGUGCCAUUGUGGUGGACCCACACAGCAACUUCAUCUACUGGACUGACUGGGGGAAUCCUGCAAAGAUUGAGAGAGGAGGCCUUAAUGGAGUAGACCGCACUGCUCUGGUCACUGACAACAUUGUGUGGCCUAAUGGCAUCACGCUAGACCUGCUGAACCAGCGCCUCUACUGGGUGGACUCCAAGCUGCACACGCUCUCCAGUAUCGACGUGCAAGGCGGUGGUCGGCGCACCCUGAUCAUCGACGAGGACCACCUGGCUCACCCACUGGGACUCACUGUAUUCGAGGAAAGAGUGUUCUGGACGGAUGUCAGUAAUAAUGCCAUCCUCAGUGCCAACAGGCUGACUGGUGGUGAUAUCGCACCCCUUGUAGAACAUCUGUCAUCCCCUGAGGACAUCAUUCUUUACCAUAACCUCAAACAACCUGCUGGAAGGGACUGGUGUCAGGUGUCCAACAGCAGCUGUGAAUUCAUGUGCCUGGCUGCCCCUCAAAUAGGCACCCACCCUCCAAAAUAUACCUGUGUCUGCCCAGAUGGCAUGAUGCUAGCAGGGGAUAUGAGGACAUGUGUGACUGCUGUUUCAACACCUGCAGCUACUCCAGAGUCUCAGACCCUAACUACCCAUGCUCCUCUUGUGCCUACAACGCCACAAAAGACCACGCCAAAGACAACACAGAAGCCCCAGGUUCACACUACUACAACAGUGCCUCCUGUAAUCACAAGCACAGUCACCAAGCCAGUGCGGCGUACCACAAGGCCUACGGUCGGGACCACCAGACCUUUACCGAAGAAGCCCUCGCCUAAACCAGAAAAGCCUAAAAUCGUGCAGACCACCACUGUUGCUACUGUCACAACUCCAGGCGUUCCGCCAAAGGUUGCUGCAUCUUUACCCAAAACUACCUCCAACACCACAAAAGCUCUUUACUUUGUCCUACCUCUGGCGAUCGUUUGUCUGGUGGCCGUCGGGGGCGUUCUGCUAUGGAGAUACUAUAGACUCCGGAGCACCAACACGAUUCACUUUCACAACCCUGUCUAUCAGAAAACCACUGAGGACCAGGUGCACAUAUGGAGGAGCCAAAGCCUCGAUGGCUACUCUUACCCUAAAAGACAAAUCGUGAGCUUGGACGAAGAGGCAGACAAUCCGAUCUUCACUGAGAACUGAA